GACAUUUGAUUGGACAUAAACUUGACAUAUUGAUUGAUUGUGAUUUGUGUUAUUUUGAUAGCGAUCCAGGUAUAAUUUAUAAAGGAAAACAAACAAAAUAACGACAAAAAUUUAUCAUGAGAGAAGCUAAAAUGAGUAGUCACCUCUCAGGAGGUAGAUUAAAUGUUGCCUUAGUACAAGAAACUACUAGAAGUGAGCUACUGAACCUACUUCAACAAUACAAAGGUCCUAAAGUAGCUAUCUGGGACGACUGGCUGUCGGGACCCGUGGGUCUCGUGGCUCAGUACUCCUUUUUGCAAGACCAUGAUGUGAAGAACAUGUUUCCACUGAGGCCUGGAAACCUGCCUAGUAUAUCAGUCAGGCACAUUAUCUUCAUUGCCAGACCUAAACUGGCUUUGAUGGAUUUAGUUGCUGACUACAUUAUAUCCAUAAGAUCAAAGCAAACAACACCUAUUGAAUUCCACUUGUUCUUGGUGCCGAGAAAGAGUGAGUUGUGUAAGAUACAGCUAAAAAACAGAGGUGUCGCAGGAAACCUUACAAUAGAGGAGUUCAAAUGUGAUAUAAUACCAUUUGAUAAUGAUUUCAUGUCGCUGGAACUGCAAAAUGACUUCAGAGAAAAUUACUUAGAAGGUGACAAAACAUGUAUAUAUAAUUCAGCCCAAGCGUUACGUACCAUACAACAGUUGUACGGAACCAUUCCUCGUGUGCUUGGUAAAGGGGAAGCAGCGAAACAGGUGUGGGACCUUAUGUGUCGGUUGAACAAAGAGGAACAAGCCUCACCAACCAAGGUUUCUCCAUCAUUGUGUAUAGACCAACUCCUGCUUCUAGACAGAGCUAUAGACUUCACCAGUGUGAUGGCCACCCAACUCACAUACGAAGGGCUUAUAGACGAGAUCUACGGCAUAAAAAGCAGCACGGCGACCUUCCCGGGAGAGAAGUUUGUCAGCGCGGACGAUCCCAACCCCGAAGUGACGGCGCGCGAGAAGAAACGCGUCAUACUCAAUUCCAGCGAGGAGCUGUUCACGGAGCUGCGAGACUGUAGCUUCACCGCGGUUGGACCAACAUUGUCGAAGAAAACCCAUGUGAUUAAAACACAACUAGAUGAGCGGCACAAAAACAAAUCGGUCCAAGAAAUAAGGCAUUUUGUGGAUCGUCUGCCGCAGUUGCUGGCCAACAAACAGUCCCUCGUCACACACACUGCCAUCGCGGAAUAUAUUAAAGAGACAACAGACAGCUUCGACUUUCACGACACUAUGCAAUGCGAGGAAGACUUCCUCAAUUGUGUGGACAACGAGAAAGUGUGUCCGUACAUCGAAGACCUUAUUGCACAAAAAGCGCCUCUGACGAAGGUCCUUCGACUGAUCUGCCUUCAAUGUUCAACGGGGUCCGGUCUCAAGCCCAAAGUUCUGGAAUACUACAAACGAGAAUUGGUACAAGUAUACGGUCUGAAAACUUGGCUCACGAUAUGUAAUCUGGAGAAAUGCGAGUUGCUAAAGCCGCAGCAGGGGUCGCGCCAAUACGCUGUACUGAGGAAGGCUCUACAUCUGACUAUGGACGAUUCGGAGAAAAACACAAACGACAGUUAUUUGGUGAACAAAUAUACACCUUUAACCGUACGACUUAGCGAACAUAUUGCUAAAAACAAGGGUUGGAGCGGUAUUCAAGACAUGCUCGGCCUUCUACCAGGCCCCACAAUCGAUGAGCUGCAAACAUCCCAAGCUCGCAUGAAUCGUCGUAAUUCAGCGUCCAGCGAAAAUUCCUCCUCGAUAGAGAACCCGCGCGUAAUCCUAGUGUUCUUUAUAGGGGGGUGUACUUACCAAGAAAUCUCUGCACUGAGGACCAUCAGCCAACAGGAGGACUCUAAUGUAGAAUUUGUUAUAUUAACCACAAAAAUGAUCAAUGGUACUACGUUCAUUGAAUCAUUAAUGGAGCCGGAACAAUAGGCAUGUAAAAUUUGGAAUUCAUUUAUGAAUAAUCUUGCACAUUAGUGUGUGCUAUUUGUAAGGCUUGGUACAUACAAAUAUCAAUGCUUUAAAAAUUUAUAUAUAGAAUCAAAAAUGUAACCCAAAAAUAGUUGUUCUUGUAUAAAUGAUCUAUACUGUUCAAGUAAAAUUUAUUUAGAUGUGAUAAUCUAGUAUUUUAAUAAAAGAUAAUUUUAUUUCAAA